AUGUCAGGGCUUCACAUUAAUGCAACUAAAUCUUCUAUAUAUGCCUCUGGAAGCAAUGUAAGCGAUCUUCUCUCUACUGAUGAGUCUCUGGGACUUCGAGCUGGAACUUUACCCAUCCGCUACCUUGGAAUGCCUCUGACCACAAAGACUCUUACUGCCCACGACUAUGAGCCUCUGAUUGACAAAAUUAGGGGUCGUAUGCUCUGCUGGGAUGAUACUAAGGGAUCUUGGAUAUGGAGGAAACUUUUAAAGCUGAGGGAUGUUGCUUACAGUUACUUCAGGAUGGAUAUGAGGGAUGGUAUAAGCUGUCACUUUUGGUUGGAUGAUUGGUUAGGGAAGGGUCGUUUGAUUGACAUCACUGGAGCUGUAGGUACUCUCUACUUGGGAGUACAAAGACAUGCUAAGGUUAGCGAAGUAGUAUCUCUUGAAAACUGGAACAUAAGGGGAAGAAGGAGCAGACGCUUUCAUGAGCUAUAUAAUGCGAUAAUGGCAGUCCCACCUCCUCAGCCUGGGAAUGGACGAGAUGUUAUACUAUGGAGACACAGUGAUGAUGAUUAUAGGGACAAUUUCUCGUGCAAAAAUACCUGGGAUCAGCUUAGAGUGAAGCGGCCUAAAGUGGAUUGGCACAGAGUAGUGUGGUUCCCUCAAGACGUUCCCCGUCACUCUUUUAUGACUUGGUUGGCUAUUAAGAAUAGAUUGUCCACAGGUGAUCGUAUGAGACAGUGGGGGAUGAUUCAAGGCUGCAAAUUGUGUGGAGAAAGGGAUGAGACACGAGACCAUCUAUUCUUUGCCUGCCCAUUCGCAUACUCAAUAUGGGAAGGGCCUGCUCGUCGGCUCCUAGGAAACGGUGUCAACCCGGACUGGCAGUGA